AGCCAAAGGGAACGGGAACAGAGAAUGGCCGCCGCAACGGACGAUUUUGGCAGGAAGUGCGAGGUGAAGCAGAACGAGGCACUGGGCAGGUUUGUGGUGGCCCAGUGCAAUCUGCGUGCUGGCGAGACCUUGCUGCUGGAGCAGCCUAUCGUGGUCGUGCCCCACAUGGGCGAUCGCCGCUGCUCCAAGUGCUUCAAGCUGGUCCAGAAUUUUUGCAGGAAGUGUCGCCUUUUAGUUUUGUGCGAGGAUUGCUCGGACCACAAUAGCCACAAUUGCCAGAGGCUGGCUGAGAUUGAGCUCUCGGAGGAGCAGGUGAAGCGUCUCCAGGAGCACCCGGAUAUCCAGCCAGCCCUGAAAUGUCUGCUUUUGAGGGAGCAUCCAGAAACACUGCCAUUGUACGAGGAGAUGACCCAAAUGGAAACCCAUCUGGCGACAAGGAAGGGCACGGACAUCUGGAAAAACUACCACGAGCACGCCUUUGCUCCUCUGGAAGAAUGUGGAGUGCUGAAACACCUGCAGAGGGAGGCGGACGAGGACCAAGUGCAGGGUUUGUUGAGCAUCCUGGAUGUAAACGCCUUUGAGAUCAGGGCUCCCGAACCGGGUGGCUCCAUGAGGGGAUUGUAUCGCAGGGCGGGACUAUUUGCCCACAGUUGCAUGCCCAACCUGGUGACCGCCAUUGAUGACGAGCGACGCAUAAAAGUCUAUGCCAAUCGGUUCAUAGCCGCCGGGGAAAUCCUCUACAACUGCUACACCAAUGUGCUCCUGGGAACCGAGGAGCGUCGUGACAUCCUUAGGGUGGGCAAGUACUUUGACUGCACUUGUCCACGCUGCCAGGAUCCCACCGAGCUGGGUACACACAUGAGCAGCUUCAUCUGCAGCCACUGUUCCUGCCCAGGUGGGUACAUAAUCCGCCAGCCGGAGACCGGAACUUGGCAGUGCAUCCUCAAUCCGGAUCACACACUGAAACAGGAGUUUGUUGCGAAUAUUCUGGAGAGGGCUAGGGAGGAGAUAUUUCAUGCCAGGGAUGAUAUCUACAGGUUGGAGCUUCUCCUGGCCAAGUUAAGCCGGCUGCUCCAUCGGAAUCAUUACCUAAUGCUGGACCUAAAACAGAACAUCGCCUCUAUACUGCGCCAGAUCCUGCAGAACAUAGCGCAUCGACCCAAUAAGAAAGUCUACGAGAGGAAGAUUCGUUUGUGCCAGGAAAUAUUGCUGGUUUUGAAGGUUUUGGCCCCGGGAAUCUCCAGAAUGAAGGCCAUCGCUCUCUACGAACUGGCCAACACGCAGGCGGAGUUGGCCAGAAAGCAGUUCAGUGAGCAGGAGCAGAGUGGCAGCGAUCUACUGGCGACGUUGGAGCAAGUUGAGGUCAUGAUUAGGGAAUCCCUGCGAAUGCUGCUCUUCGAGCCCUUGGCCACUCCAGAGGGUCAGCUUUCGCGCUCCAUGCUCCGGGAACUAAAGGAGCUGCAGGACGAUAUAAAAAACAUCCAAGAAUCUAAUGACGAUGUGGUAGAUCAGUAAAACCUGUGCUGAGGCAGUAAAAAGUUGGCAUUUGAUUUCAAUAA